UCAUGGGAGAGCGCAGCAUGAACUCCUGCGCCAAAUGGACGCUGGUCCUCUUCGUCCUCGCCUCCAUCAUCCUCAACAUCGUGCUGAUCGGCAUCCGCUCCGGCCGGGCGCCCAAGUGCUCGGCGAAGCGCGUCCACCCGCUGAGGCACGAGCAUGACGAGCGCAGCCGCGUCUUCGCCGACCUCAGCCGGGACGAGUACCUGCAGGUCCAACAGUACCUGCUCCGGCAGAAAGACUUGGACGUCUCUACCAGCCAGAUCGCCGAGCCGUCCGACAACUUCCUGUUCCUGAUCGAGCUGUCUCUGCCCGGGAAGGCGCAGGUGUUGGCUUACUUGGACCAGAAGGAAGCCAACCCGACCCGGGAGGCGACGGCGGUGGUCUUCCACGGCAAACAGGGCCUCGUCAAGGAGUACGUGGUGGGGCCUCUUCCCAACCCCACGUACUACAGAGAUGUCACCCAGGAGCGGUACCAGACCCAGAUCCCCAUCACGGCCCGCACGGUCACCAUCGGGGAGUACAAGCUGCUCUUCACCUUCCUGGAGGGCGUGUUCUCCCGGCUGGACCGGCUGAUGAAGGAGAGCUUCGACGUGGACCGGGACAAGACCCUGAACGCCUUCGAGCAGAUGCCCCGCGGGGUCCAGUCCGGGGACAGGAAGACCUGGAUCUCUUUCUUCAGGGACGUGCCCGGCGUAUACAUCCACCCGGUGGGCUUCGAGGUGCUGGUGAACCACCAGAGCCUGAACGCGUCGGCUUGGACCGUGGAGCGGCUGCUCUACAACGGCCAGUACUUCAACUCCAUGGAGGACCUGCAGCACCAAUACGACGCGGGCUCCGUGAAGAAGAUCGUGUACAAGGAGACCCCGGGGCACGGGUCUCUGAGACCCAGGAACAAGCCCCUGCAGAUCGGCCCGCAGCUCUUCUACGCAGAGGGGCAGCGCUACAGCGUCAGCCACAACCACGUCGUGUACCUGGACUGGAGCUUCGCCUUCGGACUCAGCUCUCUCACGGGCAUGAGGGUGUUCGACGUGCGCUUCGGCGGCGAGAGGAUCCUCUACGAGCUGAGCGUGCAGGAGGCCAUGUCGGUGUACGGCUCGGUGACGCCCGGCAUGAUGCUCACCAAGUUCCUGGACUCGAGCAUUGGGAUCGGACGCUUCGCGCACGAGCUGGUGCGCGGAGUGGACUGCCCCCACGAGGCCACCUACCUGGACACGUACCGCUACAUCGACGUGCCGGGCCCGGUCCGCUUCAGGAACUCCAUCUGCGUGUUCGAGCACAGCACCGGUCAGCCGCUGCGGAGGCACUUCUCGGACUUCUUCCACAACAGCUACGGGGGGAUGGCCAACAGCGCCCUGGUCUUCAGGACCAUCACGUCCAUCGGGAAUUACGACUACAUGUGGGACUUCAUCUUCUACCAGAGCGGCUCCGUGGAGGCCAAGGUGCACGCCACCGGCUACAUCUCCUCGUCCUACCUGGUGGACGGCAACCUGCGCUUCGGCCACCAGGUGGCGGAGAACGUGCUGGGCAACAUCCACACGCACUUCAUCAACUUCAAGGUGGACCUGGACGUGCUGGGAGUCAAGAACUAUUUCCAGACGAAGGACAUGAAGUAUGUCAACAUUUCUCUGCCCUGGAUGACGGAGCGCUGGGCUAUGGUGCCCCAGCUGGUGGAGCAGCAGCUGAAGACGGAGCAGGAAGCCGCUCUACGCUACGACACCAAGACCCCUCGCUACCUCCACAUCGCCAGCAACCAGACCAACCGCUGGGGCCACCAGCGCUCCUACAGGCUGCAGGUUUUCAGCUUCACCGGGGACCAGCUGCCUGAGAGCCAGCCCGAGGAGAGGGCCAUGUCCUGGGCCAGGUACAAGGUUGCCGUCACCAGGCAGAAGGACCUGGAGCGCAGCAGCAGCAGCCUGUACAGCCAGAACAACAUCUGGGCUCCAGCUGUGGACUUCAGCAAGUUCAUCGCAGACAACGAGAGCAUCGAAGACGAGGAUCUGGUUGCCUGGGUGACCACCGGCUUCCUCCACAUCCCCCACGCUGAGGACAUCCCUAACACGGUAACCGUGGGCAACGGGGGCGGGGUCCUGGUGCGUCCCCACAACUACUUUGACGAGGACCCGUCCAUCCAUUCCGCCGACGGGGUGCACAUCGCCCCGGGCAGCGAGGACAGCUGCGAGAACAACAGGAUGGCCUGCCUUGCUCAAGAGACCUGCAGCCCCGUCCUGGAACCCUUCACCUACCACGGCUUCGAAGGCGUCAUGAAGUUCGAGGACGCGGUCUGACGCGUCGGGCUCGCCGUGUUUGGGCAUCAAACCAAUGCACACGAGCUCCAGAAGAGGAGUGAAGAAGAUCAGAUGCACACCAGCUGGAGUCAGCUAGCGGUUAGCUUAGCUUAGCAUAAAGAGCUAGCCUGGCUCUUUCUAAAGUUAAAUACCAACACCUUUAAACCCACGAGUCAACACUCACCAAAAACAUUCAUGUCAAAACAGAACUGUAAAAACAUUCAUAUAAAAUCAUUCAUGUUCUUACAUUCAUGUCAGAACAUAAUAGUUUCUUUCAGCCACUAGGGGGCUCCACUUGUUCUUCAGGAACCACAAACUGUCAAUUGUAUAAUCUCUCUGUAUUAAACACGUCUACCAGAACGUUUUAUGCUAA